GCCCUAUCAAAGCGAAAGCGAGAGUUUCCGACUUCCUACUAGCCCAUAAACGUGUAUUCACGCUUGCGCAUGCUCGCUUUAGAUGAAAUCUUAUUCACGGAGGGAUUUUAGAUGCAGUAGCUAGAGUGUAUUGUUGCCGUUAACGAGGACGGUGAUAACUUAUGUCCUACAGAAAUGGCCGGAAUUAAAGCUCUGAUCAGCCUGUCUUUUGGUGGAGCUAUUGGACUCAUGUUCCUGAUGCUAGGAUGUGCCCUCCCAGUAUAUGACAAAUACUGGCCCUUGUUCCUCCUCUUCUUCUAUAUCCUGGCUCCGAUACCUUACUGCAUCUCACGGAGGGUUGGGGAUGACACAGACUCUGCCAGCAACGCCUGCAAAGAGCUGGCUUUAUUCCUCACCACUGGCAUAGUGGUUUCUGCCUUUGGCCUGCCCAUCGUGUUUGCCAGAGCUGAAGUUAUUGCCUGGGGAGCAUGUGCGCUGGUGUUGACCGGCAACGCUGUCAUCUUCGCCACCAUCCUGGGAUUCUUUUUGGUCUUCGGGUCAAAUGACGACUUUAGUUGGCAGCAGUGAUGGAGCAGUUUUCUUUGUGAAAAGUGGUCUCUGAAAGAAAAAAUGACCCGUCUCAAAAUAUUCCAGAAAUAAUGGGAAGUACUGGUCAGGUGUCUCUUCCUGUCUUAGUUUGAGAGUAAGUCUUUCAUUCUUAUUUCCAUUCUUUCCGAGACCACAACCUCAAUGAAGAAAGUGAUUGUAUUAAUUGUAUUGUAAUUAAAACCCUUUUGCACCUUUUGAGUUUAGCUGAACCUUUAAAUCAUCAUUGUUACCUUGAUUAACAAAGGUAGUGUUACAACAAAUGGAAUUUGGUAUUUUUCUUUGACUUGUUAAAACUGGAACUCUCUUUAAAAUAUGUAAAAUGUACACUUCAAUGCAUUGAUGUUAUUAUCUAUAGGUUUUGUCCAUCCAGGUUGUUCUGUAGCGAUUUUAACCACAUAAUUAAUGCUGAAGACUAAGCAGUACUUAGUCAUUGGACAAUACAGUAGUGAAUGUCCCAAAAAAGCUUGCAGCCUAUUACUAUCAAACAAACACAAAGCAAAAUGCAGGUCUGGUCAUUCUAGUUAUUGGAUGGGUUUGUCACUGUUUUAUUUUGUGAAAUGUUUCCCAGAUCAGGAAAAGUAUUGUAUUUAUUUUAUUUUAGAGGACAACUUGUGUAGAUGUCCGACGGCCAUUUUAUAUCUCCAAUGUUUGUGUUUUGAGGCAGGUGUCUGCGUGGUGGUUUUCUUUUCUAAAUAAAAGGCAUUUUUGAA